AUGAGGCUCAUUCGUUUGUCAGUUGCCCUUGCGACCUUGUUGACCUUCGCUCUGGCGGCACCGAAACCCAGACAGAAUGGCGGGUGUAUAAAUAAAACGGCUCGAAAGCCUUGGCAGAUGCUGAAACCCCAGGAGAAAUCUGAUUACAUCAAGGCGGAGCUGUGCUUAAUGUCUUCGCCUCCCAAGCUCAAUAUCCCAGGAGCCCAGAACCGAUGGGACGAGCUGCAAUGGAAUCACGUAAUCCAGACCAAUUUCGUGCACGACGUUGGCGCAUUCCUCCCCUGGCAUCGAUACUACGUCACAGUUCAUGCCAAUCUACUGAGGGACGAAUGCGGUUACCAUGGUCCCAUCCCGUACUGGGAUGAGACCGGCGACGCGGACGCAUUCGGCGAUACGGACGCAUUCAGCAAUGCUGCCAUUUUCAAACCAGACGCCUUCGGGGGCAACGGCGUAGGCAACGGCACGAAGAACUGCAUCGCAAACGGUCCCUUCGUCGACACGACGCUUCACCUUCCGAAACUCCACCAGGAACCAGUGGACUACUGCAUCUACCGCAAAUUCAACAGCACGAGCAUCCAAAGGGCGAAACAAAUAAACAUCGACAAAUGCUUUGCUAUCCAGGACUACACCAGUGCUUGGGAGUGCUGGCAUAAAGACCCCCACAACGGAGGUCACUCAGCCAUUGGCGGACUGAUGAUGGAUGUCGUGCUUUCUCCUGGUGACCCUUUAUUCUUUUUGCAUCACUGCUGGGUUGAUGCCAUGUGGCAUAAAUGGCAGUUGAUGGACCUUGAGAACCGGCUAACCGAUAUGGGCGGGCGCAACAUCCUAACUCCCGAAUACAUGAAGAGGUUCGACUUCACGUACCCUGGGCCUGAGUUCACAGAUUACAGUGGCGAUCCGGGCAACGUCACGACAUUGAACCAUGUGUUAUAUAUGGCGGAUCUCGCACCCAACGUGACCAUCGGAGAUGUCAUGGAUGUUGGGGGGGAGACUAUAUGUGCUGAAUACUUUUAUAAUGAGUAA